GCAGUUUCUCGGAGAAAUCAAGCGUAUAGAGAGGUUUAUUACUAUUAUUCUUUUGUAACAGCGGUUUCUCAACGCGUCCUUCAUAAUGCUUGUAGGCAAAAGUGUUACCCGAGCGACAGCAGCGACGUCGGGGUCAGGCAGCCACGUUGUCAACGAUAACCACGAGAAGACAAGCACGUUGACGUUACUCACAGAACUCUUUAACGCCCGUGAGCUGUCGCCACCACUCUCCGCCGUCGCCCUUCAACCUGAGCGACUGCUGCGCAACUCCAACGAAGAAGCAUUUAUCGUGGCGGAGGAGGAGGACUAUGUGAUCCACACGCUGCGCUCUGCCCCACUCAGCCUGUUUCGCGAGUCUGCUUCCAACAGCGGCAGCAGUGGCCUCCCGUUCCCCGAACUCUUAGAAGUUCGGUUCAACUCGAACGUUAAAGUGCACUCGAGUGCGGAGGGGAAGUCUAAGUCUAGGAAAUCUACCGCGAGUGAGUCUGCAUCGAGGUCUACGACAGCCACUUCUUCCUCCACCGCCUCCGAUGAAGCCCUGGCGUCGCUCACGAAGGUGUUGAGCAUGCUGAGUCUCGUAUUUCAGCGCUCACCAGCCGCGCUCGGGAAGUCGGGCAACUACGCAAAGUUGCUGUGCCUGUUGAAAGAGAGCGAUUUUGUCACAUACGCUGCUCGGAACAUGGAGGAACUGUGGCGACGGUGCGCUGGACAGUCCGUUGCGACGUCUAACGAUGCGAAAUGCGCUGCCUUUCCGGCAUUAGCGCUGUUCUGCGAUGUGUUGGUUUUGCUGGCGUGCCACAGCGGCGUGGCACCGAAAGACGCAGCGUCUGCUGGUAAGAGCACCGGUCGUGACAGCAGCAUCGAAGCUUCGGCAGUACCGUCGUCGUCAUCCUCUGCUCCUUCUGCCUCCGCGUUUGCCGCCCCCACGUCUCUUUCAAAGCUUUACGCGCUCAACCAGGAAAUGGGUGCUGCGCUGACGGACGCCGUUGCGCCACCCGCAUUUCUCCGCCGCAGCGUUGCCUCUCUCACCGCCUUCCUCAUCCACUGCGCCCCACACCUGCCCGAGGAAGCGGUGGAGUCUGCCCUGCGCGAUUUAGAAAAUGGAGGGGCCGUGACGCGGGCGAACGUGGCGCACAUGGCGUUUGUCGCCGCCCUGCCCUCUGCCUGCCCUACGAUGUCUCCAGAGUGGCAGUGCAGGGCUCUCGACGUGGUGCGUCAGGCUACCCUGUACGACGCAGACGUCCAGGUAGCCUACUGCGCUGACGGACCCACCUCUGUCGUCCUCGGUGUGGUCAUGGCGAAGUUUGGCAGCGCGGUGCACGGACUGUUGUCGAUCAUGUCGGCAGUGGCGUGGUGCUACUGCACGGCAGAUGCGCUGGUUCACAUGUGCCGCGCCGUCGGUGUGUACGGGGGUACCUGGGAGACCUACCCGGCGAGCUACGUGAACCUCGUAAACUUUUUGCAUCGCGCACUCCUGCGUUACCCCGCGGCUCACGAGAAGACGCGAUCCUCCUGCCCAGAGCCACGGGGCAGCAGCGGCAACACGGAAGGAUCGACAGGAAUGGCAGCGGAGCCGAUGACCGUGUCUGGUGCUUCCACUGCGUUGGCGCAGGCACCUCGACGGAGCAUGAGCACUGCCGGGCAGCGGAUUUAUAGGCCGUCGAUAGAAUCGUUAGUGGACGGCGCCAUUAGCAGCGUUGCGCAGCAGGGAGAGGAGCAUGCGGCAAGCGCGUCGAACCGGCAGGGCCGUGCUGACAGUGGUCAAUGGCUGGCCACGGUACCCAGCUUUGCAGACGACGUUGAAGUUCAAGGCGAGGAUAACAGCAGCGAGCGGAAAGAGGAACCCACUGCCUAUUUGCUGAGGUGCGAAGCGGACCCGAGGUCUCCCCGCAACUUUCUCUUCUACCUUUCACUGCUAGCGUAUGUGACGUCGGCGCUGCCACCGCUGCUGAACUCGUUUGAGGAGCUACCGCUGUUCUUCGCGCUUUCCAACUGCACACGUACCAUCACAGACGUAGAGGAAGAACCUGAGAGGGGAGUAGCAGCUUCCGCAGCACCGUUGACGAAUGCGAACGCAUCACUCUUUUCCUUGUGUGUUGAUCUCCUCCGUGCAAACCUUUCCUUGGCGGUCGGCGUCAGCUACGAUCACACAAGCCGCACAGAGAGACAGCGACGCCUGUUCUGCGAGGCUACAGUGAGUCUCCUUUCCGCCUUCAUGUGCGAGUUUCCGCACUCCAUCCAGCGGCUCGAGGUGCAAACCGGCUGCCGGAACCUCGUGCACACGGUGAGCUAUGUUGUGACGACCAUCAUGCAUGGAUCAACGGCCUCCUUUCAAAUGAAGCGGACCGCAUAUGCAUUGCUGUACCGCUACGGUUCCGCGGUAGAGUCGCUGCGCGUGGUACUCGCGCGGCUGGUGAGCCCGACCAACUGGACCACGCUGUGCGGCGAUGCCGAGUAUGCGCAGGCGGACCUCAGCGAGAGCGUAGAGCUUUACAAGUACCUCUGCAACUGCAACGAAGACAUUGGGGCGGCCGAGAUGGGGCACGCACUCGUUGCCGCAGCGGAGAUGCCGGCUGGGGCGUUCCGCUGUGUGGUGGGUGGUGCCGCCGUCGCCACCGUUGUCGUCAACGCCGUGUUUGACCUGCGAGAAGUGGCCACGAGUGAAAGUGCGCUUUUCGCAGCCGUGACGGUGCCGCAGCUGCCGCAGCUCUUCAGCCGCCUCGGCGAGGCCCUCGAUACCCUCCUGCAGGCCCAUCGUGACGGGUGCUGGAUGGCCGGCGGCCGAUCCACAUGGAAGUCCGCCAAUGUCGCGGCGUGGCUGUUGUAUAAAACCGCCUCGCUAUACCGUGCGCCUGCUAUGCUGCCUGCCGCGACGUUUCCGGUGCCGUUUUCCAGCGAAGAGGCGGACCCGGCGGUGGUGGCGGGUCGGCGCCCGCGCAGCGCUGUGGCGGUGUGCUUCACCGUGCUGUGUGACACAGCGUUCCAGCCCGCUCAUCGGGAAAUGGCGGAGCUUCUCGUGGCCGCCAUGCAGGCGUGUGCUGAGCAACAAAACGCGCAGCAAGCCUUUCAAGCCUUGCGAUCGACGCUGCCCAACGCGGACGUCGCUAAGUUUCGUGCAGCGCUGCUGACGGUGCAGAAGGGGGACAACGUGGGCAGCGUGUCGAACUCGUUGCGGUUGGAGGUGUGGCUGGCGAUGGUGCGGUGGUGUCCGGCACUCUUUGUGCUGCUCUUUGGGCCCCCAAAACAAACCGAUGGCGACGAGGAGGAUCAAACCGAAGGUGGAAGCGGGAAAGACAAGGACUCCCCGAAUGGUGAAACCGCGAGCGACAAUGAUGCCGCCACGGCGGCGGACGCACAGCCGGAGAAUCUACCGUUUGCGAAGCUGCUCGCUGCCACGAUCCGCACCAAGGACACGCCGUUACACGAGAAAGCACUUGCGCUGCAGGUGCUGCGCUACACGGGGCUGUCCAACAUGCUCGAUGUGGACGAGGUGGCAGCGCUGCUGCUGAAAGAAGGCGGCGCGAAGAAGAGUAGAAGGGACGCUGACAGCACCACAACUGCCUCGGCUGCAACAGCAGCAGCAGCGACGUCAAGCCCGUGUGGUGGUGUGUGGGAGGUGACGAUGCUAGCGGUGGCCUGUAUUACCUACAUCAACGCUUCCAUCGCCGGACAGCUGGCAAAAGCGAAAAAGGCGGCGGAAAGCGGCGGCGCACACAGCAGCGACAACGGUAAUGAAGGCGCAGGAGCCUUCACCACCGCUGACGCUCGCGCGCCACUGCGCCGGCCCAAUGUUCUUCCGCUCUCUCCACCCAUCCCACCCAUCACCACUCUCUCCGGUGCGUCGCCCGCCGUCGCCGUGCGCUGCAAGGUGCUCGCCAACUACACGGACACGAUCGAUCAACUGCUCCGACACGCGCGGGUCAUCAUGGAUGAGUGCCGAACCGCGUACGAGCGGGAGAGUCGCGAGGUGGACUACGAAGACGUGUUUGAGUGGCUGGCGCGUCACGACGACAACAGGAGCGACUACGGCGAGGGCUUGAGCGCGAGUGUCGUGCUGCCAAGGCGCUCCGGGCUGUUGCACGGCGCCGCAACCCGUGUGGAGAGCACAUUCGGUGCGGAGAGCACUGCUCUUGUUCGCCACACUACCUCGACGGCGCUCACCACUGCCGCAUCUCGCGUCAGCAGCCUGCACACCAGCAAAGCCGCGUUCCCGCUCUUUUCGUUAUCCACCGGCCAGCUCGCGAGCUUGCUGCCCUACCAUCGUCUCGUCCCGGUGGGUCCGGCCGAGUCGCGCUUCUUCCGCGGCACCGGUGACGACCACCGCCUCAACGCCCUCGCCACCCUCCUCGACAGCGCGGCGGACGUGGCGGCGGCGGUGGAGCAGCUGUUGUGGUUCAGCGUCGUGGACACGAACGUUGCGGGGCUCUUCAGCAAGCGCACGCUGUCGCUGUUCGAGGCGUCCCUCAACUCCGUGGUGGCGUGUCGGGCCAACUCCCCGUUGCUGGCCCCCCUGCUGACACGGUAUCUAAAGCACGCGCUGCGCCUCGCCAGGGCUGCCACCGGUGUUCUGGAAGGCACUCUCGGCAGCGAUAUGAUGGAGUUGGAGGUGGCGCCAUCUAUCCAGCGUGCGAUGCUGCAGCUCGCCGCCUUUGUGAAGGUGAACCACAAACACCGGUUUUUGUUCGUGGAUGCAGUACCCAUCGUUACGGCGUUCCCCUUGAACAGCUUGCCGGAGCAGGCAGCCGUGGAGGAACUAAUGCGCGACGUGCAAGCCAUGCUGCACGAUCAGCUUGUUGCACCGAUCGAAAAGGACAGGGAAGAAGAGGCAUUUCACGUGUUUGACACAGCGGUGGAGGGCUGCACGCGCUACUUCGGCCGCCAGCGCUCCGACUCUAGUAGCGUCGACACUGUGCUGGUGGCACGCCUGCUCUCCACCCUACUGCAGUACGCCUCGCUGCUCUCGCGGUUCAUUCAGCCGACGCAGCCGGCGUGUGCAAAGGCGUACCGCUUCGCUGGUGUUCUAGAAUGUGUGUGCUGCAUUCUUGCCUCCGCUGGGAAGCGAGUGGCGGUGCUUGGAUUUAUCUCGGAGGACACCCUCUUGGGCUUUACACGAGCGCUGGGCCAGUUUGCGCUCUCCGCCGUCUACGACCACGCGGCGCAGUGCCAUCGGCGACUCGGCUUGCAUGUGUGCUGGUAUGCGGUGGUGUCGCUGUGGUGUGUCGUCGUAUCGCUGCGUGGCCCCUUCGAUGCCAGAGCCUCCGGCUGGCUGCCAUCCCUCAAGUCAGCAUUGGAGAGCAUCCCGCGCUUUGCCAGCGCCGUCGGUGCGUUCCCCGGUGCCCACGGCGCAGAUCGGCAGGCGCUGCUGGUGUGGGAGUUGGAGGAGGUGGAUGUGGCGACGCGGCUCGCGGCGGCGUUGGCCUUACAGGACGUGUUGCUCCCUAGCUUGCUGACCAGCGUGCAGGCUGGCUUUUUGUUCCUGCAGCAACCGCGCCUGCAGCAGCGCUGUGUGGCGUCGCUGCCGACACCUGACGCCUCCACCAGUGAGGGGCACCGCAUCGUCGCGGCGCAAGCCCACGCCCUGCGCAACGCGCUCGUCGUACUGCUGAAGCAGCCGUACUACGCCCUGCCGCGUGACGGUGUCUCGCACGCUGCCUUUGUCUUCUCGCCCGAGCUGCUGCGCGAUCCAGCCUUGAUCUCCAUCCGCGGUGGCGCUACAGCGGAGCGGGGUGGCGUCACGGCGCAGUCCCUCAUCUUCUCGCUGGACCUGCUGCGCCAGUUCACCGUGCGGGAGCUGCAGCUGCUGCGUCGCAUCACGGCGAGCGCGGCCACCACCGGAGGGCUGGAGCGGUCCCCGGACGUGAGCCGCAUCAGCACCGGCAGCGUGCCGUCUCGAGAGUCGAGCGUCGGCCGUUCGCCCAGCCGCGGCCCACUCGGCGAUGGUGAGACCGUGACGGAUGUUGAUGAGCUCUACACGGCGGACGGCGCGGCAGAGGACGUCGCGGAGCAGCAUACAAUCCACCUUGAAACGGUGCAGCUGGCGCUGAACGCCUACGUGCUGAGUGUGGACGACCUCCUCGACAACGCCUCCUACGCACCAGGCGGCUUUUACACGUCGGCCGUGACGCAGACGAUUCGGCACGCGACGGAGCGGCUGCUGCACACGCUGCGCAGUCUCGCACGGGAGGUUCGCGACCUGCGUCGGCCCUUGCUGAGCCAAAUCGUCCAGGCCAAGACCGCGCAGCUCCAGGCGGUCCUGGAGCGACUGUAG